AUGAAAUACGUCGUUGUGUUCCUACUCGUAUGCGUUGCUUUAGCUGCUGCUGCCCCUGCGAUAAUUGCUCCUUACGCAGCGGGUUUCGUAGCACCAUACUUUGCUCGCCCCAGGGUUGUGUUCCUACUCGUAUGCGUUGCUUUAGCUGCUGCUGCCCCUGCGAUAAUUGCUCCUUACGCAGCGGGUUUCGUAGCACCAUACUUUGCUCGCCCCAGGACCGUGGUAGCGGGACCAACAGUUGUGAACGGACUGGGCUCUCAGAUCACCUACCCUGGUUACAUUGGCACAACUUUUUUCUGA